CAUUAACUUUCUCUCUUGCGCAGCUCCACUGCUCCAGUUGAGUUCAGUCAAGUUCACCAUUAACUCUUUCUUUCUUGUUUUCCCACCCAAAAAAAAAAAGAAAAAAAAUCCAGAAAUCUCCGAAUUUUUCAUCUCUCAAAUAGUCCGUAUCUCUACGUAGAAUUCCCGUAUCCCAUGCGUAUAUCAAACGCGUAGUCAUUCGUUAAUCAGCUCUCUUCUGCUUAUACGAACUUUUCUUUUGAUUCCGGGGAACACUCACUGAGCCAGAGAUUCGCUUCUGGACGGCUCAAAUUUGAUUUGGGUGGUGAAAAAUCAGGAAAUGAGAAUCGAAUCUUUGUCUCAGUCUUGCUAGGGUUUCUGGGUUUUUCGAAUGGCGAUCAGAGGUGUCGAUUUUAAGUGGUAUGAUGGAUUCUUUUUGUCAAUGCUAGCUACUAGUAUAAUAAUUGUGGCAAUCAAUUGGAAGAGAUACCAUCUCUGUACAUACCCCUUGCACAUAUGGAUUGUGGCUGACUACACAACUGUAUUUGUAUUUCGGCUACUGAUGUUUGUAGAUAAUGGCCUUGCUGCUGGAAUGGGAUUGGAUUUUGGUCCACAGCAGAGACAUGCUCGUUUCUGUGGAAGAACAGUAGUUCUCUCAAUUCUUGCUCUGUUGCUUUAUCCCUUUCUCUGGGUUUGGACUAUUAUUGGGACCCUAUGGUUCACCAGUGCCAGAAACUGCUUGCCAGAAGAAGGCCAGAAAUGGGGCUUUCUAAUUUGGUUGCUCUUCAGCUACUGCGGACUUGUUUGCAUAGCUUGCAUGUCAAUGGGAAAGUGGUUGACGAGAAGGAAAGCACAUCUAUUACGUGCUCAACAGGGCAUACCAAUUUCAGAAUUUGGAGUUUUGGUUGACAUGAUCCGGGUGCCAGAUUGGGCUUUUGAAGCAGCUGGCCAAGAAAUGCGGGGAAUGGGCCAAGAUGCUGCUGCAUAUCAACCUGGACUUUACUUGACUCCUGCUCAGAGAGAAGCUGUUGAGGCACUCAUUCAGGAACUCCCAAAGUUCAGGUUGAAGGCUGUUCCAACUGAUUGCAGUGAGUGCCCUAUUUGUCUAGAAGAGUUCCAUGUUGGCAAUGAGGUUAGAGGCCUUCCAUGUGCUCACAACUUCCAUGUAGAAUGCAUUGAUGAAUGGCUUCGGCUUAAUGUUAAAUGCCCUAGAUGUCGUUGCUCCGUUUUUCCAAACCUUGACCUUAGUGCACUAUCCAACAUUCGUGCUGAUUCAGAACGAUCAUCUUCUCAUGUUGUAACAACCACGCCGUAUGUAAGAACUCAACCAUCUAGCCAGAGAUAUCUGCUGAGAUUACAAGGGCUUCUCCGCCCAAUUCGCACAGAAAAUGCAGAACCUGUCGCUGAGGCAGAUUUUGCUCUGGAAACUGCUGAAAAUGGAAGAAUGGCUGUUGCAACUCAAGGCCAAGCAGAUUCAGAGCGUGUAGAAGUGCUGGUUGAACACUCCUCCCAUCAGCAAUAACCAGAGUUCGCUUUAAACACUCUAACCCCCUCAUGGGAUUGGACUUGGAGAAGCUAAUUUGAUUUUUCCCACCAAUAGCUAUUGCCCAAGUUCAUAACUUUCUCCUACCAUAUGAAAAGAAUUCAUUGAUUAAUUUGCUAAUGUUGAGAAGCACACAUAUUUUCGUUCAAGUAAUGGCAUUCGUCUUGAUAUUUGGAAGCUCUGUAGA